CCCCACCCGCUCGCCCCUCGCCGGCCGCGCCCCUCCGUCCUCCUGGGCCCGCCCCCUCCCGCAGCUGCCUUCAGGUUCCGCAGGUCACUCCUCUCGGAGCUUCGAGAGCCGGUGAAACUCCGGGCGGCGCCAAGCGAAACCCGCCUCUCCCCUGAGGAAGAAGCAGAGCCGGGGGGCGGGACCCGGGCGAGCUCCUUACCUGCGCGCGCUCCCCUUCCCGCCAGCCCCCUCCGCCGCCCUCCUUUCUUUCUCUCUCUGCCCCCCUUCUCUCUCACACACACAAAGAAAACAAGGAAAUGCCGCCCUGCUGGUCUCCGGAGAGCCUCUCGGGAGGAAACAGAGGAGGCUCCUUCGCCCACUUCCAGCCCGAAUUCUCUUCCGACGAGCCUCCAGCGACGGCGCAAAGGUCCUGAGCUUGUUGGAAGGGCCUUGCAGAGGAAUCUCGUUCCCAGCGCAGAGACAACUUCAGCAAGGCAGAAGAUGCCUCACUCGGAGAGACCUCGUCACGAUACAGAUUACAGACAGAGGGAGAGUCCAAGGUCCAGCCGAUAUAUUGAAGAAAGAAAUAGGAAACCGUAUCCUUCAAAUGGAAGGUCAUCAGAAGGAACAACGGGAAACCCUAGAUAUCCCACAGCUUUUGCAGACCCUCACCAAAACAACCCAGGAACAGCUCAGGAAUACGUUGAUUCUUCACCCCCAUUGUUUUAUCCUCGAAAAGAGACUUUUUCUGAGAAGUGCUCAAACCUGUGUUCAAGAAGAGGAAUCUUGCAGUUCGUUGAAAUCACACUUAACAUUUUGGUGCUGGUCUGCAUAGGAGCAGCUCAGGCAUCCAUUUCCGGCUUCACCUCCAUGGGAGGCCUGGGCUCCUUCAACAUCAAUUCCGCCUACAGCCCCUUUGAAGGGGUAGAGUUGCAGGAGGUGAGGGACCUGGACAUGCAGUUCAACCAGAUGAGAGCUCCUUGCGUCUACGGCGGCGUGGCCUUCAGCCUAACGCUGCUGUGCCUUACCAUCCUCUUCCUCGUCGCCGGAGGGAAGCCCGUCCAUCGCCUCUCGGUCCGCUUUCUCGUCACGGAAUGCGUCUUCGAUGUCCUCGCUUGCCUGGCGUACAUAGUGGCUGUGGGCCUCUACCUCCACUUUGUCCUGCAAGUCAAUGCGACGGAGGUGUGCAAGAAAAGAGAGAGGCUUUAUGCCAGGCGAGGCUACACAUCCAUGAACUGCAGCGUGCAAGGCGGAGAUGCUUCUGUGGCUCUCUUUGGCCUCCUGGUGGCUUGCCUGUAUUUCCCAAGCGCUGUGGUCUGUUUCCUCACCAUUCGGAGCGUACGGGAGUUCCAGAGGCAGGCGGCGAAGGUGCAGUACAGCCUUGAAAGGACCUACAGCGAGGGAGACAAGGCCUACAAGAGGCCAGAAAGCAUUGACGGGGCUAGGACCUUUGCCACCCUGGUGUAGCCAACGCUAGGACGACACUGUGAAGAAACACAUUGGGAUGGAUUGUUUUCCUGCAGCUGAAAGUUAGCUAGACUAUCCAUCAAUCGCAGUUGCCAAACUGCAUUUUUAAGUCGGGCAGCAUAAUAUAUAUAUUUUUUGUGCAAAAAAGGAAGUGUUUGUGCAAGUAAUUCUAGAUUUCCUUUCUGUGUUGAUUGGCUUGUUUUUAAACGGGCUAAUUGCAUCGCUGCUGGGGCUUGGUCUAAUAAGGACUGCUUUUACUAGGCUCAGUGAUGCUACCGCUGGUUUCCUGCGACAGGCGUCCGGACUGCACCUGCAGGAGAAACAGGGCUUCUUCCCACAAGAGGUUGGAAAUUGAUCACUUAAGGAAAUGGGGUUGAAGGAAGGCAGGUAAGCAGGUAGGGGGCUGUUGGGGUCUACAAAGCACACUGGCCAAGAGAGAAGGAAGAAUGGAGGCCUCGAGUGCAAUAGUCUCAAUGACAUUGCUUUGAAUAUUGUGGGCUUUCAGGUCCACUCAUCAGAAUCCCAAUGCAGUCUCUGGCUAUAGGCUCAUUCCUCUGUCCCCAAGCGUAGUCAGUCUGGCCUAAGAAAUGGCACAAGGAGGGGAGAAUACUGCUUUUGGAGCUAUCACUCAUUGGUAUACUACUGCUCACAAGUUUAAUUAAUGGGCUUUUACCUCCCCUCCCAAGAUUUGCCUUUUAUAUAUAAAAAGGAAGCAGAUGGCUAGCAGCCAUCUCAAGAUCCCAUAGCAAUGGAUUCCUUGAGGAGAGAGACAUUGCUUUCCUUUUGGGAUUGAAAUUCAUUGCCAACAGCUUACUAGCUAACCACGUGUUAUUUAACAUUGGAGAACAGCCUUCUCCAAUCUAGCAUCCUCCAGAUAUUGCUGGACUCUCCAAUGCCUAUCAGGUCCACCCACCACGGCCACUGGUCAAGGAGUUGGGAGUUCAUCAGCAACCAGAGCAUCACAGGUUUCCCCCCAUCCCUGAUCCAACACUUGACUGUCCAGCAUUGCAGCCAUGAGCUUUUCCAACCCUACCGGAAGUUUGCUAGAGAUGGAAGCUGGGAUUAUCUGCACACUAAACUAAAAGGGCAGGGACUUUAGAGUAACCAUGAGCAGACCCUUGGAACUCCCUCCACAAGGAGACACUUUUCGCCCCCUGAUUUUCCCCUUCUGCCAUGCUUUUCAACCUGUGUUCAUGGGUUUCUUAUUGUUCUCUCUUGCGCUUUUGAAAUCUUUUAAUACUAUGAUUUUAUUGCCAAGUUGUUUUAGGACUCCCCACUGCUAUUUGCGUGUUGUUUUUGAUUGCUGCUGUUUAAUGCAUUGCUGCUCACUGGCUGUUUUUACGUUUCUAUUGAUAUAUUUUUUUGGUGCCUUGGCCAAAAGAAGGAUUAAAUGGUGUUUGUAAUAAAUAAGUGCAUAUUUUUCUCCCUUCCCAAUAAGGAUUCAAACCUGUAACUAGAGAAAGGACGGGGAAUCAUUAAAAUGGCUCGCAGAACAUAGGAUUUACCCAUCGAGCUCAGUAUUGUUGGGACUAUUUAGCAGUGGCUCCUCAGGCGUUGAAGACCCCAGAUGUCUUUCUCAGCCCAAGCUGGGUGGUGCUGUGGAUUGAAGCAAAAAACCUAUUGCAUGUUCUUUGCCACUGAGAUAAAAUCCUUCUGCCUGCAUGUACAGUGGUGCCUCGCUUGACGAAUGCCUCGCACAACGAAAAACUUGCUAGACGAAAGAGUUUUGCGUUGCG